CAAACCCAAACUUUCAGUUCAGAGUUUCGCUCUGUCAACAGGGGCAAGACAUUUGGCUGCAGAUUACCAACCAGCUUAAAGAUCAGGUUCAUCAUGAGUCUUACUCACCGUGAGUGUACCAUCGUGAUCACGAACAAAACCGAGAAGUUCACCCUGUGCAACCCACUCACACACAUUGAGAAAGGCUCCUGCAAAAAUCCCCUGCCUCCCAUGCUUCAACCCCAUGAGGAAGGCAAAGCUCUCUUCAUCAAGACACGUGACACAGCGUGUGGCUCCGUGGCCGUAUUUACCUACGACCUCAAGGACGGGUCCACCCAGAGGGGUAGAGUCGCGGUGAUGUUCUCUGUGCCAUACAACUUUGGCUGGUACAAGAACUUGUACGCAGUGGGAAUCUUCGAUGUGGGCAAAGCCUGUGACAAGUACCUGUACAAGACCAUGUAUUAUGAAGAGGGCCAUAUGUUCAAACGGGGCCCAGCCAAGGGAAACAGUCUGACCCAAGAAGGGCAGUACGUUACCAUCACUGCGUCCAUGUCUGACGCCUACCAGCCUAUCCUCAAGGUUGACAUCUGCGAAAAAUGAGGCCCACAGCAUUUCCUGCAGUUUGCACCAUUAAUCCCAGUAACACCGGGUUCAGACUGUAGGAGAACUGGAGCUAAACAAUCAAUCAUUUUCUUUAAUUCUCUGCUUAUUUUAUGUCCACUUUGUGCAAAUGUAAAAACAAUCAAAGCUGAACAAAGAUCAAAUCUGAAAAUCUCAACAUUUAUUUGAAAUUUCUUCCCCUGUCCCUCCUUCCUUAUGACAUCACAAAGAUGGUGAGCUGUCAUUAGUAAAAUUCUGUGUCUGUCAUGUAGUCUGAACCUGAUGUUAAACUGUUAUUUUCCUUCUUUUAAAGUUCGACACAAACUUGAUUCUUACUUUCGAUGAUGUUCCUCAGAAAUCAUCAUGGUGACUGUUUUCCUGUGGUGCAAUGAUAUGAAAUCA